GUCAUCGUUAGGAAAUGCGGAAAGUUGACGCGAGUCCUGAUAUUCCCAGAGGUUUGCGCGCCGCCUCGUCGCCUGUAGCAUGGCAUCGUCUGCUUCGUCGGUAGCAAUUAUCAGGUAUUGUACCUCCGUCAAAGUCAUUCUUUCUCGCCCUCAAGUGUUCGGUUCUGCCACUUUCGGGGGGGUCGGAUUUGCAGUCGAUCUUGGUGUGUACGGCUUUCUCUCUGCAAAUGGGGGCGAUAUGAUGUUUCGGUGCGUCGGGUUGGCGUGUUCGCGGAGCUGUGUUCUUGUCGCAGGAUGGUGGUGAGAGGAGCCACCGUCCGAUCCAAUACGAACACCUCCACCUGCCCGCAUUACCGGAAUGUCUUUCGGCGUUAAGAUGAAACCCUCCGAUGGCUGCUAUGGCUAAGAGCCCCAGAUGCUCGUUCUUUCUAUCUCUAUAGCGGGGCAGCAGGGUGUAAUCGUUCGGACCGUGUUGCUUACUCCCCGUCCUAUUUUUCUGAAGUUGUCGUCAGAAAAUGCGGAGAAGCUGACGCCGGUCUGGCCUUGUGAUGAAUCUUCUUGAUGACUUUGAUGGUUUGAAAUGUCCAGGUAUUCGCUUCGUUCUGGCUCCGUAGAAGAGGCAGCAGGAUGUGAUGGUUCGGACCGUGUUGCUUACUCUCUGGGACCAGUUUCUAUCCAGGAUGAUCGUAUCGUUCUGAUUCUGCGAGCACCGAGUAUGGAGUAUCGGACGGGAUAGUAACAGAGCAGAUUGAUGAUACUGGUCUUACGAUCGAGUUGCCAAUCGGUCCGGAUGUCGAUCAGUCUGUGGAGAGCACCAGUGAUGCUUUGAUCUCUCCUUUGGAUCAAAUGCAAUCAUGUGUGCGCUCUGCCGUCGUUCUUGGGAGAUUGCUUUGCGCGUCCGAGGCGGCAGGCAUCUCUUCAUACUCUCCAAGCCAUCGCCGUUCGAGGGAUUUGUCAAGCGGGAGUUACAGGCCCGACCGUCUCGCAAUGAAGCGCGAACAGGGCUACUUCUGAAGUCGCUUUCGGUACCCGUUAUAGUCGUGAUCCAGGGAGCGAAGGUCCCGCUCCGUAAGCCAGCGAGAGAAGGUCCAGUGAGAGAAGGUCCAGUGAGAGAAGAUCCAGUGAGAGAAGGUCCAGUGAGAGAAGAUCCAGUGAGAGAAGGUCCAGUGAGAGAAGGUCCAGUGAGAAGAUCCGCUGCAACCCAUUACCAACGUCUGAAUAGCCAGCCAGGCAGCAUAGGAAAGGGGCGUGUCCAUCCUUUGCUAUGCUGUUUUGAUCUCAGCGAAGUCCGACUCGUGAGGGAAUGGAAAGGUGACUGCACUCUUGACGCCGCUUCCGGGAGCCCUGAGUGUGGCUGCGAUCUUGACGCCACUUUCGGUACCGCGGUCGCCGUGAUCCAGUAUGAAGAAAGGGGCGUGUCCAUCCUUUUUCAUACUGUUUUGAUCUCUGCGAAGCCAGACCAUCCCUCGAGGGAGUGUGAACGUGGCUGCAGUGUUGACGCCGCUCUGGGUACCGUGGUCGCCGUGAUCCAGGAAAAGGAGCAUAAAGAAAGGGGCGUGUCCAUCCUUUGCUAUGCUGUCUCGAUUCCUAUAAAGCCCAACCGUUUCCUGAGGGAGCGUAGACGUGGUCGCACUCUUGACGUCGCCUUCGGUGCCGUGAUUGUCAUGAUCCAGAGCGAGGAGCAUGAGAAGGGGCAUGUUCGUCCUUUCACAAGCUGUCUCUGUCUCUGCGGAGCUUUGUCACAGCUCUAUAGUCACGACAGCCGCGGCCCGGUCGCUAUAAUCUGGGGAGAGAAGCAUGAAGAAAGGGCCCUAUGGUCACAACAGCCGCGUCCGGCCGCCGUAAUCAAGGGAGAGAAGCAUGAAGAAAGGGGCAUGCUCGUCCUUCUCAUACUCUCCGUCUCUGUGGAGCUUCUUCAUAGCCCUAUGGUCAAACGACGGCGGCGUCUGGGUCGCCGUGAUCCAGCAUGA